GGCCGCCCUGAUUGGGCAGAGCACCUGUUUUGGGAAGUUUUUUUAAAUACUGUAAUAAAUACACAGGUGGCGCCGUCAUGUGUUGACGUUUAUGUAAAUAAAACAGAAGUGAAACUUUGUUUUUUCCAGCCGCAACCAACCUUCCGCGACAUAAUGUUGAGCAGAUAGCAGGAGGAAAGGUUGGAUUUCAGAGAAACAGUUACGCUUUUAAAGGUGCGCCUCCAGCUGCGGCCAUGCCCCAGAUGAGCGCCGCCGCAGCGCUGCAGCUCUGCCUGCUGCUCUCCGCUCUGCCCGCGCAGUACUUCAUCUCCCGCUGGUGCGGCUCCACGGCCACGCAGCGCUACCACGCAACCACGCGGUUGCUUCGCAUAUGGAACCAGUGGAGAACUUCAUUCCUUAACGCUACAGCUUGGGCUGACUGGACCAACCAGCAAUUUUCCAAAGUGAAGUCUCUGAUUGGUUUGGGACAAGAAGGUGAACCAGUGUCUCCACCAGUAGAGACUAUGAUAUUUGAUAAUGACCAGGGAUUCUUUGGAGCCUCCAAAGCAGUGCGCAGCCCUCGCCCCCCGUUUGUGUUUCUGCGGGUAGGGGAGGUGGUGAUGGAGAGGAAGGGCCACAUGAUUGGAGUGGUGGUGAGCUGGGACCCGGAGCUGCGAGCCCCUAAGGAGUGGGUGGACAAAAUGUACUCUAACUCUGAGGACACAAAGGCAGAGAAGACGCCGCAUUACAAGGUGCUGUUUGGCGGGUCUGGACCGUCCUCUCUGAUGGUCGCAUACUUGCCUCAAACACAGCUGGAGCGCAUCACAGGAAUGAGGCCGGAUAUUCCCACCCUGGGGAACUACUUCACGCAUUUUGACGGGAAGCGGUUCGUCAUGCAGGACUGGCUCAGAGAGCUCUUCCCAGAGGACGACGUUGAGGACAGCUGACGGAGACUGCAUUAUCUCCAUAAAUGUGCUUCA